AUGGACAUCUCAAACAAAGGCGAAGACCAGGCCGCCAUGGCCAACAGGAAGUACAUUCAUUGGCAGGACGAGGGCGUUGAGAAGAUUCCCCCGAACGAAGCAGAGGAUAUCCAAGCAGUGGCGGACCAGAUCAAUGCCAUGCAGAAGGCACAAUACAAUAGCCAUCGCCAUUGUUACACAGGAACACAUGCUAGGACCCAAGGCAUCGUCAAAGGCAUGCUCAUCGUCAAAGAUGACCUGCCAAAGCAUCUGAAGCAAAGCAUGUUUGAGCAUGGAGGGCAACAUGCAGUAGUAUGCCGCUACAGUAGCGAGCCCGGAGACCCAGGUUUGGAUGAUCGCAUCCCCCAACCCCGCGGCUUCGCCAUGAAAGUUUUUAAUGUUCCUGGCGAGAAGUUCGAUCCUACAAAGACCGCCCAAGACAUCGAGUUCAACUCCACUCCCGCCCUCGAUCUCGCAGAUGCCAAGACCACCCGAGAGAUCAUAGAUCUGCGCAUCAAAUACGGCGGCGACAAGCCUGAGUUAUAUAAGAAGCUGGAAGCACGCCCAGACACCGAUCUACAAAAGUUCCGCGACUCCGUGCGCAACACACACUUGGAGUCCACGCGCCAAUACUCGCAGACUGCGUACCGCUUUGGUGACUAUGUGGCGAAGUACUGCCUGGUCCCUUCCAGCGAGACGCAAAAGAAGCUGUACGAAGAAACGGUCAAGCCCGAUGAACACGAGCCAGACAUUCUCAGCCAGUGGCUCCAGAACUUCCACGAAGCGCAUGACGCCGAAUACCUGCUACAGUUCCAGCUGUGCGAGAACCUCGAAGACCAGCCUGUCGAAUAUGCAGGUAAGGUGUGGGACCCGGAGAAAUACCCUUGGCAGACGGUGGCUACACUAGUGAUACCAAAGCAGGACUCUUUCAACUACGAGUUGAAGUCUUUCUGGGAGGAUCACAUGAGGAUUGAUCCUUGGCUAGGGUUGAAGAGUCUGCAACCAUUGGGAUCGCCGAAUAGGCUAAGGCGUGUUGUCUACCCUGCGAGUAGCAAGCUGCGGCGAAUGAUGAAUGGCAAGAAGGAAGUUCAUGUCCACGAAAUGGACCAGAUUCCUGGCCCUUCGCCUGCUGUGGGCGGCAACUUCUUGAAGGUCAAUUAA